GGGUAAUAUGCAAGUGUAUUGAAAGAACUGCACUGCGCCUCCUCACCUCGUCUUUCUACCCUCCCCUCCUUUUCCUGAACCCGACUCCUAUCUUCUUCCUCAUCCACCUACCUCGUACCUCUAAAAAUAUCUUCACCUAGCCAGCCGGAAUGGCACACUGACAAAGAGGCACAACAUUGCACAAAGCAACACAGCAUACUCCAUUACGCUACUGUGGUCGGCAGCCUUACUGUACGGUCCCAUCUGUUACAUGUACAUACAUCAUGUUGCGGAACUCUCGGCCCUGCUCAGGAUAAAGAUCUCCUCUUUGGGUUUCAUACUACGAGAGGUACUCAGGUAGCGUAGCAUCAUUGCUAACUUCUCGGUAAAAAUGGAACAUUCGCUUUGGAGCUGGAGAAGUUGGACCAAAAUCGGCACAGCGAUUAUGUUCUACCAACAUGUAAUCGGCAUGCACAACACACCCCGCUUCCGGUCCUUCUUGCGCAAUUAAUGGCAACCAACGGCGAUCAACAGACCCUCUGGUCGCCGUGUCACGUCCGAAUCAUAUCGCAAUUGGUCCAAUUGCGUAAGAUAUCAGAUCCGCCACCUUCAAACCAUGUGGUAUCCCUUCCUACACUGUGGCUUGGACCCCCAAGUGAUCACCUCCUUCACACUCCCUUCUUUGCGCCUGACUCCACCUCUUAUCUUCCCUUUUUCAUCGCUUACUUGCUUUCGUGCGUCUCGUCUGUUCACGCCGUUCGAAGCGGCGUAGUCAGACAUUUGCCAAAUCUUCAUUUUUUGUCGUAAAGGCAGAGGCUUCACAUCCUUCCCCAAGGAUGGCCCCACGGCUCGUCCUGCAUGUACUCUGGAGAAAAGCCGAUCCAACGAGAAGCUCUCCUUCCCCAAUAUCCCUCCUUGUCAUCAACCGCAUCUUACUUCAGUAACGGUAAUCAGGUUUAUCCUUCCCUUUCUGUGCCCCUAGUGAUUUGCAUCAGCUAGUCUGGAACGAGGCCGAUUUCUCUUUCGUAUAGACUCCCUUUUCCUUUAUAUAUUGCCUUCCAGCCCCAUGUUGAGCUUUCUUGCUCUUUGAUUUUACUUUCGAUGCCAUUCCAAAUGUCGAAAUGCUAGAGACUCGUUUGCAUUCUGUCCCGUCGCAGUACUUGUUCUUAUUUUUUGUUUUAUGUUUAUGCUUAAUUGGCAAAGUUGAAGGAGAAAAGAGGCAAUGCUUCUUCCCAAAUGGAAAUAAGGCCGACUCAGAUACGAACUGCAAUGCUGGAACGGAAUCAGUAUGUUGUGGUAGAGGAUUUGUUUGCCUUGAGAAUGGAGUUUGCAUGGACAACUCAACAAUGGUAGAUGGAAAGAUAGCAGGAACUUUAUGGAGAGGAUCUUGUACCGACAGCACAUGGAAUUCGCCUCUCUGCCCCAAAUAUUGUAAUCUACCAUCUGGACCCCUUCAAGGAAAUCUUGGGAGUGGUCAAGCUCUUGGGAAAUGUCCUGGUUCAGACAACACUUUUUAUUGCAAACGAGAUGGACUGAUUAAUAUCUGCGCCGACCCUGAUACUCAGUUUGUCAUACAAGGUAUGUUGGACAUGAAGAUAUAUUGUGACAUCCCGCAUGGCCGUUCAUGGUCUAGAUAACUGAUCGGGGUUCUCAGGGUCAGCUAUACCCAUUAAUACUAUCCCAGUCGUUGAACCGACUGUAGUCACCUCCACCCAAGGCGGUGGAAAUAUCGUCGUCGUUUCCACAACCAUCGAAGCCUCAAUAACAGACUAUACCUACACGCCCACCGCCAAUGGGGAAAAACCAGCAGCAUCCACCUCCACCGCCACAUCCCAACCAAGCUCCAACCCACCCUCCUACGCCAGCCAACACGGCCUCGCCAUCGGUCUCGGCGUCGGCCUCUCAACCGCCCUACUCUCCUUCAUCCUCCUGGCCCUCUACAUCUUCUACAAACACCACCACGAAAAACUCGAGGUGGAGGAGCUCUACAAGGGCCCUCCACCCAUCCGUCCCAUGCGGCCCGAUGUAAACUCUCCCUUCGAUCAUCGUGGAAUCGGCGAUCCGAUCGUCCUUGGGAAAUAUGCGCUGAUACAUAGAUCUUCUGAUAGGGACGGGGAUACGGAUCACUCGGAUCUAGAGAGGGAGAGCGAGAGGGAGAGGAAGGGGAUGCGAAGUCUGUCCCCUCCGGUGUUGGAUCCUAUAAUACUGCCGCCGGUUAGUGUGCCGAUUGGGAUUGCGGUUGGGAGUCCGAGGUGGGUUUAGGUUCUUUUGGGGGUGUGAAUUAGGGGAUUUUUGGAUGGGUGUGGUAUGGUAUGGUUUGGAAAAUAUAUGGACUGGGUUGGGUUGCGUUGGGUUUGAGGCUGGCUUGGAUGGUUAUGAUUGUUUGAUUGAUGAAAUGAGGAAUAUAGAUUUCUAUCACGUUUUUCCAGGUACGCAACUGAUUGCUAUGGCAAUAAAUAACUCGAGUUUUUAUUUAUCAUAUAUUUUUACUUAAAAUCUUUUUGGGUGGUUUGUCUUCUUGUGUUGAGCCUUGGCCUUCACCCUGAAAAAGGUAGUUACUAUACUUUAC